UCAAGCAGGAGAGAACCGUGCUUCUGUCUUGUGCCUCAGGAAUGGACUCAUUGCCACACUGUAUCUUGGAAAAAAGGAAGGAGAGGCUGCACACUCUGAGCUGGCUGGAGAAUCUGGGGAAGAAAUAGCAAGAGGAAGCAAGGAAGGAAGCCAUGGCAAGCAAGUAUAACUACCUACCUCUACAACAUCGGUUAAUUCGGAUGCACAGUGCUUGAGCUUUGCAUUGGGAUUUUGUGAAGGGUCAACAUGGGGAGGAGAGGUGCUCUGCUUCUGACUCUGGCUCUUGUUUGCUUCUUCUCAGGUGCGAUGAGGCGCGCGGACUCGGCUCGCGUGUUCACGAUCAUCAACCAGUGCAAGAAGGACAUCUGGCCGGCGGUGACGCCAGGGGAGAGCUUCGGCGGCGGCGGGUUUGCGCUCCGGCCCGGGCAGUCCAUCGUGUUCACUGCGCCCGUGGGGUGGUCUGGCCGCGUGUGGGGCCGGACUGGUUGCGACUUCGACCCCGCCGGGAAUGGCACGUGCGAGACGGGCGCGUGCGGGACGUCGCUGCAGUGCGCGUCGUCCUCCGGCGCCACGCCGGCGAGCCUGGCGGAGUUCACGCUGGCGUCGGUGGACUACUACGACGUGAGCCUCGUGGACGGCUUCAACCUGCCGAUCGUGGUGACGCCCAAGGCAAGCGCCAACGGGUCGAGCUGCGCAGUGGCCGGGUGCGACGGCGACCUGCGGCAGGACUGCCCGUCGGAGCUGGCUGUGAAGGGCGACGGGGGCACGGUGGUGGCCUGCCGGAGCGCCUGCGACGUGUUCGGCACCGACCAGUACUGCUGCCGUGGGCAGUACGCGAACCCGGUGACCUGCCAGCCGACCUUCUACUCCAAGAAGUUCAAGGCGGCCUGCCCCGGCGCCUACAGCUACGCCUAUGACGACCCCUCCAGCAUCUUCACCUGCGCCCAGUCCCCUGACUACACCAUCAUAUUUUGCUCCAACAGGAAGCAAUCCGUGUGCUCCUACCACAACGAGCGGCUCGUCUGCAGUGGCUCCAGUGGAAGCACCUCUGCACUGACCCUGCUGCUGCUGCUGCUGCUCUCCAGCUUCAUAGCAUUACAAUUUGCACUCCCAGUAUAGUUAAGUGUUAACUGAAGAACAAACUGACCUGAUGUAGUGUUUUCCUAGUUUUUAUUCCUCUCCGAGAGAGAAACUGAAGUAGAUGUUUUUCUUUCAUUAAACGUCCGCGCCGUCACUCCGAGCCCAUGUGAAUGUAAUUAUUCUUUGGAUAAAUACAGACAUCAUGAGUGAUUUUUUUCUUCUCUUUCUCUGCUUUUAUAAUCGUCUGUUCUGGUGUAAGUGGAGACACAGCACCGCACCGGUGCCUGAAAUGAUUCUUGUGUGAUGUGGUGUAGCAACAACGGAUCAUGGAAACCGUGCAGAGGAACACUGCUGAGUUUGGAAAUGACACCAGGGAAAAUCUUUCUGGGAAAUCUGGAUUAUUCUGAUUCGUUCUGUC